AUGGCGACCGCUCCCGUUUCCUCGGCGAUGAAGGCCUCCCUCUCCACGAGCAAGGCGUCCCUCGCUUCCCCCGUGGUCUCCGGCCCUGCCUCCGCCAACAUCGCGCGCUUCGACGGGCUCAAGUCGGCCUCCGCCUUCGCCGGCGCCAAGCCCACCCCUCAGGCCGCUCAGCUGCGCACCAAGUCCUCGGCGGUGCAGAGCAGCGAGGCGCAGCGCGGCGUGGUGCGGUGCGAGCAGACGGAGCCCGGCAUGAAGCUGGUGUUCGUGUCGGCGGAGGUGGCGCCGUGGAGCAAGACGGGCGGCCUUGGCGACGUGCUGGGCGGCCUCCCCCCCGCGCUCGCCGCCAGGGGCCACCGCGUGAUGACGGUGUCGCCGCGCUACGACCAGUACAAGGACGCCUGGGACACUGACGUCAUCAUCGAUGUGAAGGUGGGCGACGCGGUGGAGAAGGUGCGGUUCUUCCACUGCUACAAGCGCGGCGUGGAUCGCGUGUUCGUGGACCACCCGUUGUUCCUGGCCAAGGUGUACGGCAAGACGGGCAGCAAGGUGUACGGGCCCAAGACGGGCGUGGACUACGACGACAACGUGCUGCGCUUCUCGCUCUUCAACCAGGCGGCGCUCAUGGCGCCCAAGGUGCUGGCGCUCAACAACAACCCGUACUACUCGGGCACGUACGGCGAGGACGUGGUGUUCGUGGCCAACGACUGGCACACGGGCGUGCUGCCGGCGUACCUCAAGGUGCUGCAGCAGCAGGGCCACUUCCGCCAGGCCAAGGUCGCCUUCUGCACGCACAACAUCGCGUACCAGGGCCGCUUCGUGCCCAGCGACUUUGACCGCCUCAACCUCCCCGACUCCUUCCGCCCCUCCUUCGCCUUCACUGACGGGUACGCGACGCCGGUGAAGGGGCCGAAGAUCAACUGGCUGAAGGCGGGGUUCCAGGAGGCGGACAUGGUGCUGACGGUGUCGCCCAACUACGCGACGGAGCUGCAGUCGGGGCCGGCCAAGGGCGUGGAGCUGGACGACGUGAUUCGCGCCACGGGCAUCAAGGGCAUCGUGAACGGCAUGGACGUGUCGGAGUGGGACCCGUCGGAGGACAAGUUCCUCGACGCGCGCUACGACGCGUCCAACGUGCUCGAGAUCAAGCCGGCGCUCAAGGAGGCGCUGCAGGCGGAGGUGGGGCUGCCGGUGCGCGCGGACGUGCCGGUGCUGGCGUUCAUCGGGCGGCUGGAGGAGCAGAAGGGGUCGGACAUUCUGUCGGCGGCCGUGGAGGAGAUUCUGGCGGGCGACGUGCAGCUGAUCGUGCUGGGCACGGGCAAGAAGUACCUGGAGCAGCAGCUCGAGGCGCUCGAGGCCAAGUACCCCGACAAGGCGCGCGGCGUCGUCAAGUUUAACACCCCGCUGGCGCAUCUCAUGACGGCCGGCGCCGACUUCAUGCUCGUGCCGUCGCGCUUCGAGCCGUGCGGGCUGAUCCAGCUGCACGCCAUGCGCUACGGCACCGUGCCCAUCGUGGCGUCCACGGGCGGGCUUGUCGACACCGUGAAGGACGGCGUCACAGGCUUCCAGAUCGGCGAGUUCAACGUCGACUGCGAGGCGGUGUAUCCGGAGGACGUGGCGACGCUGGCGGCGGGAGUGCAGCGCGCGCUCAAGGUGUUCGGCACGCCGGCGUUCGACCAGAUGAUUCUCAACGGCAUGGCGCAGGACCUGUCGUGGAAGGGCCCCGCCAAGGAGUGGGAGGAGACGCUGCUCUCGCUGCAGGUCGAAAACUCCUCGCCCGGCCAGGCCGACGGCGUCGAAAUCGCGCCCAAGGCCCUCGCCAACGUCGCCGCUCCCUAA